UUAUCACAUCUCCUGUCUUGUCUUCUUGCUCUGUUCUACCGCCGUCGCCGCCGUUAGAUUCAGCUUCUCUCUCCUCCACCGCCGCCUCUCAUUUCCUCCUCCGGUUAUAAGCUUAGUGUGAAGUUUCCAGACACUGCUUCAGCUCAAUGCUCUUUGACCUAGAAACCUUUCUAAUUAGAGACCUGGAAACUUUCAUACGUGGCACUACAGAGUUGAGAGAAGCUUGAAGAGUCAAUAACAAUAAAAUACUUUGUAUUGUGGGGAGUGUCAUAAGUGUGGAAGCUUGAGAUUGUAAUAAGUUAUUAUCUCAAAGGAGCUUAAUAGCUGAAGAAUUGGUCUUUAAAUCAAUGUCGGAAAGUGAUAUGGCCAUCAUUAAACCAGAGAUGAUGAAAUCCUAUAUAUGGCUUGAAACAUCUGAUGGAUCAAUCCAACAAGUAGAACAAGAGGUUGCAAUGUUCUGUCCCAUGAUAUGCCACCAAGUGCUACAGAAGGGUGCUGGUUCUUCUAAGAACAAUGCAAUAUCUCUUCCACAGAAAGUCAGUCCAGCGAUGUUAAGUUUGGUUUUUGAUUACUGCAGAUUCCAUCAAGUACCUGGACGUUCAAAUAAGGAACGUAAAGUUUAUGAUGAGAAGUUCAUGCGGAUGGAUACAAAGCGGCUAUGUGAGUUGACCUCAGCUGCUGACAGUUUACAGUUGAAGCCUUUGGUUGAUCUUACUAGUCGUGCUCUUGCACGGAUUAUUGAAGGGAAAACCCCUGAGGAGAUACGUGAGAUAUUUCAUCUGCCUGAUGAUCUUACUGAGGAAGAGAAGUUAGAGCCUCUGAAAAACACGAUGGAUGAUCCACGUAUUCGACUCUUAAAUAGAUUGUAUGCUAAGAAGAGAAAGGAAUUGAAAGAAAGAGCAAAACUUAAGAGUAUAGAGGUUGAAGAACAUGUCGACGAGCGUUCUGUGGAUGACCUUUUAUCAUUUAUUAAUGGCAGAGAUCACAAGGUGGUAAAGACUUCCAAGAGCAAAAAGAAGAACAAGAAAAAGGAGGAACAUAAAAAUGGUAGAUCAAAUGGAACAUGCAAAGUUUCCAAUAAGGAUUCACGUAAUCUGCAUUCCAAGCAACGGAGUGUUGAUGAGACUUCGUCCAGCUUGGGAAGUGUAUCUAACUUACUUAGUAUGGAAGAUGAUAUUUUUUCACCGAAGGCUGAGUUUGAAGAUGGUUAUAUAGAUGAUGAAAUUGAUCCAGCUUUGAAAGAAAUGCUUGAUAGGGAAGUAGAGGAUUUUGCUCGGAGACUCAACUCAAGUUGGGUUCUAUCUUCAGGACAAGAAAGACAGCCUGUGCACUUUUCUAUAAACGGAAAUGGAGCUACAAGGCGUUUGACAGGUCCAGCUGCAAGACAAAAAUGA